GAACAACCUCGUUGAAGAUGAUGUUUAUGAGGAAGGUCUGCUGCUUUCUGCUCUGUUGUGUUUUUGAAGCGAGCGUUGCGCGCAGGACCGAAGAAGCGGAGACCUUGGAGAAGAUUGAAAGCGCGCGCUGCGUCUCGCGCUGCCUGACGCUUCACAUCACGCAGAUCAAACACCUGCAGAAUGACCGUGUGUUGGACUGGUGUGAGGACCACAGGAGAUGUUCACAGUGCCUACAACCAUGCAAGGAAUUAUGGGAAACAAGACGAGCUCUGUCUCCCAAGACCUGCGAGAAGCAUCAUGAGUGUGUGACCAGUGCUGAGUUCCUGCGCUCGCUGCGGUCACAGAAGCAGGGUGACUGUCCUCCGGCCCAGCGGGCGUCUGGUUUCGCUGCUGCCUGUGUGGAGGGCUGUGCGGUCGACCGCGAGUGCUCCGGCUUCAAGAAGUGCUGCUCAAACGGCUGUGGACACACCUGCCAGUCCCCGGCCAACCUUUACAGAGGAGUGCCUUUGAAGCCACGGAGAGACAUUUCCUUUUCCGAGGACCAGCACGGUCAUCUGAAGGUGAGGUGGAUGUCCAAGUUUAACGUCUCCGUUGAGCCGGUUCUGUAUGUUCUUCAGAGGAGGUGGAAUCAUGGGAUUCACCCCAGCGAGGACGAAGCGUCGGCCUGGCAGACCGUUCUCAUGACUAUCGAGGACCGCUCCGUGUUGAAGGACAUCCGGCCCCACAGGUGGUACCAGUUUCGAGUUAGCGCAGUCAACAGUCAGGGCACGAGAGGCUUCACCACUCCCAGCAAGCAUUUCUUUUCUGUACGAG